GACGGCUUCUCAAGUAACAAGGCUGCAGGCUCACUCCAGCCACUCCACACUGAGACAGAAACAGAGCUCCACACAGAGCUUUAAAGGGAAAUGAGCAAACCAACAGAAUAGUGGUAAGUCACAAGAAAAUAAGAGGAGAGGUAGGAGAGGGGCCGUGAACACCAGAUGCUAUCACAUAACAUUUCAAACAGGAGACACAGACGGAGACAGACGACAAGCACAAACCGGAUCAUUCUCUUCAGAAACAUCUCUUGGCCACAUCAGUUUAACUCUGCUGUCUACCUGCUGGGACUGGACAAUGACAGAGGACGCAGAAGUGGGAGUCGAACUCUCCCAGACCUCUGGGUCUGAGCAACAGGGUCCACAUUUCCUACAAGAUGUCAUCUUCCAUGGCAAGUUUAAGCUUCUGAAGGCUCUAACCCCAGAGGAAAACACCCACUGCCAGCACGGACUCUACUUCCAGGAUGGUCAGCGGCGUGUCGACUACGUCCUCACCUACCCUGUAAAGAAGCCGUCCAGCGGCCGCUCCAGCCGACAGUCAACGCACUUGCUCACUGAAAAUGCUGUCGCCCGCAGCCUACGCCGUGCUCCCCACAGCCGUGAUCCCCAUAGCCGUGAUGAAAAUCUCCGACAUCACCAAACACAAAAGGCGAGAGACUCAUCAUCCCUGCCGUCGUCACCGGUGGCCGAUGUGGAGCUGGGCUGUACCGGAGAGACCCUCAAUGGUCAAGAGGAUCACAAAAUGUUCAGGAGGGAGGAGUUUGAGGGAAAACUAAGAGACAUGGGGCUGGAGCUGGAGAAAGAUGAGGAUACUAAGAUUGCAGGGGUGGGCUUUGUGAAGAUUCAUGCUCCCUGGAACAUUCUGUGUCGAGAGGCUGAGUUCAUGAAGCUAAAGAUGCCCACCAAGAGGGUGUAUGAAGUCAAGCAGUCGAGUGGUGUUGUGGAGAAGAUUGGCUCCCUGAUCAGUAAAGUUGUGGAACCUCUCCAUCCUCAUGUUGAGGAACAUCAACCCAAGAACAUUAAACACCUGUCACACACUUUCUCCAGGGAAAAACAACACCUGUUUGACCUCUCAGACAAAGAUUACUUCUUUGACAGCAAAACCAGGAGUUCAAUAGUCUUUGAAAUACUAAAAAGAACAAAAUGCAAGGCCAAGUACAGCAUGGGUAUCACCAGUCUGCUGGGUUCUGGUGUCUAUACAGCAGCCUACCCUCUUCAUGAUGGAGAUAUUAAUGAGGAGAGCGCAGAGCCCAAUGACAGAAAGCUGUUGUAUGAAGAGUGGGCCAACUACAGUGUUUUCUACAAGUACCAGCCCAUUGGACUUGUACGGAAGUAUUUUGGAGAGAAGAUUGGUCUGUACUUUGCCUGGUUGGGUCUGUAUACCCAGAUGCUGAUUCCUGCCUCUCUAGUAGGGGUUAUUGUGUUUCUGUAUGGAUGCGCAACAGUCGAUGACAACAUACCGAGCAUGGAGAUCUGCCACCCAAAGAACAACAUCACCAUGUGUCCUCUGUGUGACAGAGUGUGCAGCUACUGGAAGCUUAGCACUGCCUGUGCAACGGCCCGGGCCAGUCACCUGUUCGACAACCCAGCCACCGUUUUCUUCUCUAUAUUCAUGGCUCUGUGGGCUGCCAUGUUCAUGGAACAUUGGAAGAGGAGGCAGAUGAGACUAAACUAUGAAUGGGACCUGACUGGGUUUGAAGAUGAGGAGGACCACCCCAGGGCCGAAUAUGAAUUCAGGGUCAUGCAGAAGUCUCUGAGCAAAGAUCAGAAAUCACAGCACAAGAUUGAAAAGCUCACAUGUCAAGACCGCCUCCCAGCCUACAUGACUAACAUUGUCAUGAUGCUGUUAAUGAUUGGUGUUACGUUUGCCAUUGUAUUUGGUGUGAUCCUCUACCGGAUCUCUACCAAAGCCGCUCUUCAUAUGAGCUCCAAUCCGGUUACACGGAGUCAUGUUCAACUGACGGUUAAAACCACUGCAGCCAUCAUCAACCUGGUGGUCAUCCUCAUACUGGAUGAGGUGUACGGAGCUGUGGCACGAUGGCUCACUGUGCUGGAGGUUCCUAAGACAGACAAGAGUUUUGAGGAACGACUAAUCUUCAAGACCUUCAUCCUCAAGUUUGUCAAUGCUUUCACCCCCAUCAUCUACAUUGCUUUCUUCAGAGGAAGACUGGUAGGCAGACCAGGCAGCUACCUGUAUGUAUUUGAAUCCUACAGAAUGGAAGAGUGUGCCCAUGGAGGCUGUCUGAUGGAGCUGUGUAUCCAGCUGAGUAUCACCAUGUUGGGAAAACAGCUCAUUCAGAACAAUCUUUUUGAGAUUGGAGUACCUAAGCUGAAGAAGUUGAUUCGCUACAUUCGGUCAAAACAAGUGGCUUUUCAAGAAGAAGAGAGACAGAAGAAGCUGCAGAGAUACGAAACGGACCACUUCCUGGAACCAUUUGCUGGGUUAACACCUGAAUAUAUGGAAAUGAUCAUCCAGUUUGGUUUUGUUACGUUGUUUGUGGCAUCCUUCCCCCUGGCUCCACUCUUUGCCCUGCUCAACAACAUCAUUGAAAUACGACUUGAUGCCAAGAAAUUUGUGACUGAGUUGCGAAGACCAGUGGCAGCAAGGGCCAAAGACAUUGGUAUAUGGUACAACCUACUAAGAGGGGUAGCCAACGUGGCUGUCAUCAUCAAUGCAUUUGUCAUCUCCUUCACUUCAGACUUCAUCCCUCGAAUGGUCUACCAGUACAUGUACAGUCCCGAUGGCUCCAUGCAUGGAUUUGUCAACCAUACGCUGUCCUACUUUAAUGUCAGCCACUUCCAGGAAGGCAAAGAAACCAUGGAUCCGUUGCACCUCGGCUACCCUGUUGAGAUGUGCAGGUAUAAGGACUACAGAGAACCUCCUUGGUCAAACACUCCAUAUGAGAUCUCAAAGGAAUUCUGGGCGGUGCUUGCUGUCCGACUGGCAUUUGUCAUUGUUUUCCAGAAUGUUGUAAUGCUGAUGAGCGACAUUGUAGACUGGAUGAUUCCAGACAUCCCUAAAGACAUCAGCAUCCAGAUCCACAAUGAGAAGAUUCUGUUAGUAGACCUCUUCAUGAAAGAGGAGCAGAACAAGAUCCACAGUCUUGAGAGCAGGGCCUCCACAGGCGGUAAGGAGAACUGCAGCCAGAGCAACAACAACAACAACAACAACAACAACAACAGCACAAUGGCUCACCCACGCUCAGGACUGCACAGCAACAGCACUCAAAGCCUCUAAUGCCAGUAACAAUGAAUUCUUAGUUCAGUGGAGUAGUUCUUCGUUAGCAACUCUUGGUUAGCAAGUCUUGCUAGCUGCCUACUCGCUCAGGCCAACCUUAACUAUGUGUUUUUGUCUUUGUUCAGAACAUUCCAACAGAGAGCAGCUGGCUGAUGAGGUGCGAGUAAGUGCGUGCUCAGAUUUGUGAAAGAGUACAGGAAUCUGUAAAUGUGUUUUAAGUUUUGCAUGUGUACCAAUAUUGUGAAUGUGUACACAAAGCUGUAAAUUCACACACAGAUUUGAGAAUAUGUACAACAAUAAUCCGUGCUCAUAUUUGCAAAGAGUACACGUCUUUCAAAUGUGCAUAAAAUGUACAUGUAUAAAAAAAAAACAGUGUAAAUGGCUUUUUUAUUAAUGUGCUAAAAAUCCAAGUAGGGUAGCUUAUUUACUAAGCCUGUCAUGAAUUACGGUCACCAGAAUUACUAAAUUAAGUGGGGUAUUUACGAAGACUACAGGGCUCUAUUUCAGAAAUCAGGAUUAGUGAAAACUGAGUAUGUUGAGCCUGAGAUGAGGGUAACACUGAGUUUGCGGUUUCACAAAGCCAGUUCAGCAUAACCCUGAGUCAGUUACUAUGGCAAUAUACUCCAUGAAGCAAACCUGCUGGCUGACAGGUUUGCAAGCCUGUGGCUGAUUGCCCGCUGAGCGAGACAUGGCGUGUCCUUUGGUGAAUUAAGUCAUGGACGUUGAGGCACAGUUUAUUCAGAGGCUGUUGCAUGAGGAGAUGGUGAUUAGACCCCGUUUGGAUGUCUUAUUGUUCCCGGAGGAGUGUCCAUAUGAAAUAAACUAUGUCACCACACACUCUAUCAUUUAUCUAACAAUCUUCUCCACCCAGAUAUAUCAAAUAUUACACAUCUUGGAUUUGCUUUAUCAUCAGAGCAAAUUUUACCAUAGCCCUUUGGUUCUUCGGCAACGGCAGUUUUCCUUAUAACAUCAGAGAUACUGAACACAUCAGCAAGACAACAGUUUGUCGGGCCAUAAGAAAAGUGACUCUGGCUCUGAAAAGAAUUUUGCCCGUUUCUGUUGUUUUCCCUGGGCAUAUAUCAGAAAGGAUCCUCAGAGGAAUUCCACAGAAUUGCAGGGUUGUCAGUGUAAAUAAUAACCAAAUAAUAAAUCAAUGUGGAUACACUAUGCAAUGAUUUAUGAAUACUUUUCAUGAAUUUUAAAUAUUUCACAGUGUAAUUGGCCACAUUUAUGGGACUUACAUCCCCAUAUAUAUGAACAUUGUUAAAAUAUAAAAAUGUUAAUAUAUUUUCUGUAUAUUAGACACAUUAAGGCAUCACAUUACAUAACGUCAUAUAACAUUACCUAUUAACAUGCUCUGCAAUCUCUUCCCAUGCUACCUCACGCUGUUUAGCUGCAGCUGCUAAACUGGGGUGAAAUAAGUAGCUCAGCUUUUAACUCCACUUUCUGCCAUUGAAAAUCAUGUCAUCUGCACUCCAUUGAUGAUGGCUUGUGGUGCUCACUGUGAACAUGCUUCCCUCAGGCUAAACAUACUCAGAGUUGAUUGAACUAAUUCUGAUCAGCUGUUCUGGAGCUGAAAACUCUAGCUCAGGCUCAACCAAUUCAGAGAUCAGGAUUAGGCCUGAGUUUGUUGAGCCUGCUUUCAGAUGUAUAUGAGCCCAGCUACACUUCAUCUGAUUUGCACAAAGUGCCAAGAAAUAAAUGCAGAGAAGUUUUGUUGUUGUUGACACAUUUGGAACUGCAAGUGUGUAUUCAUCUGGCAGGAGGCAACUGGAAAUAGAAAGGUGACAGGUUUGUAGCAUUGGCGCUCUUAUGUGUUGUGUGCUCACUGUUUGGACCUGCUUCUCAUCUCUCAUCCUCUGUGUGACCAAUAAAGGUACUGCAGAUUUUAAAUCUGAUUUUCCCAGACAUUAAUUUUUGGACACAGUGACCUCUGCUGCCGAGGUCAGUCUGUGGUGAUAAAUCAGGUGCAUUCACUUUUCACAUAUGGUUUACAUUUCCUGGGAGCUCAGUUAUCCACAGAGGUCUCUUCCUCUCGAAAACAAACAGACCAGGUGAUUAAAACUGGCAAAAACACUGAAUAACGCAGUUUCAUGUUACAAAUCAGUUACUCAUUGGCAUGUUGAAGAUGGGCCACUAGCCCAGCACCUGCUAAUGUGUACUCACCUUUUUUCUCUGAUAAUGUAAGCUCCAGAUGUUCAGGAGGUUUUUACCAGGAACUGACUUAUCUGCAGAGGUCCCCUCCAAAACAAAUUGACCACUUAAACACUGAAUAAAGCAGUUUCACAUUGCAAAACUGUGUUUUCUGACUCUCCUCGUAGAGGGGUUACUAACUAUGCUGGCCAAUGCGGUGCACGCGGCGCACCUGGAUGACAUCAUCCAGUAGAAACCUCAGGAAGAGCAACUGAGGAGGGAUCCCUCUUCCAGGACAGACAGACGUGCAAUAGAUGUCGUACAGAACAGAUCAACAUGAUAAAUUAACAGUAAUCCGUAUGACAGUGAGACAAUGACAGAAAGAGAGAGAGAGAGAGAGAGAGAGAUGCAGGACAGACGGUAAUGACAGUAGCUUACAACAACAUUAAUGAAAGUAAUAAUAUUAUCGUUAUAGUUCUGGCUACUGUGAUACAAUAUGUUGAAAGUAUAUAUUAAUAUCUGGCAGUAUACAUGUGUGACAAUAAUCAUAUGUGUAUAAUAACAGUAGAAGUAUGACCAAUGACUAAUGAUGGCAGCCGCAGCAGCAGGAAGCAUCUGGCAGGACCACGGCAGCAGCACAACCACGUCAUGCUGUCCAGGCACCGCUGUGAUAUGAGUUAAUCUGAGAGACAGUGGAGCACAAAGGCUCCAGAGAAGAAGCCGAGUUAGUGACAUCCAGAAUGGCCGAGUUAGCAAGAUGCAAUAAUAGAAUACGAGCGAGAGAGAGAGAGAGAGAGAAGGUGCCCGGUGUAUUAUAGGGGGUCCUCCGGCAGACUAGGCCUAAGUCAGCCUAACUAUGGGCUGGUACAGGGCAAGCCUGAGCCAGCCCUAACUAUAAGCUUUAUCAAAGAGGAAAGUCUUAAGUCUAGUCUUAAAUGUGGAGACGGUGUCUGCCUCCCGGACCGUAACAGGAUGAUGAUUCCACAGGAGAGGAGCCUGAUAGCUGAAGGCCUUGGCUCCUGGUCUACUUUUGGAGACUUUAGGGACCACGAGUAACCCUGCGUUCUCAGAGCGCAGAGUUCUGGUGGAAUAAUAAGGCACUAUGAGCUCUCUAAGAUAUGACGGAGCUUGACCAUUUAGAGCUUUAUAAGUUAACAGUAGGAUUUUAAAUUCAAUUCUGGAUUUUACAGGGAGCCAGUGCAGAGAAGCUAAAACAGGAGAGAUAUGAUCGCGUUUCUUAGUUCCUGUUAGUACACGUGCUGCUGCAUUCUGAAUUAGCUGGAGAGUUUUUAAGGACUUACUAGAGCUACCUGAUAAUAGAGAGUUACAGUAAUCCAGCCUUGAGGUAACAAAAGCGUGGACCAGUUUUUCUGCAUCUUUUCGGGUCAGGAUAGGCCUAAUUUUCGCAAUAUUACGCAGAUGAAAAAAUGCAGUCCGUGAGGUUUGCGUUAAAUGAGAAUUAAAAGACAACUCUUGAUCAAAUGUUACUCCGAGGUUUCUUACGGCAGUGCUAGAGGCCAGAGCAAUGCCAUCUAGAGAAACUAUGUCAUCAGAUAAAGAGUCUCUGAGUUGUUUGGGGCCAAGAACAAUAAUUUCAGUUUUGUCUGAAUUUAACAUCAGGAAACUGGUGCUCAUCCAGGUUUUUAUGUCUUUAAGGCAAUUAUGGAGUUUAGUUAACUGAUUACUUUCUUCUGGCUUCAUUGAUAAAUACAACUGAGUAUGAUCCGCAUAACAAUGGAAAUUUAUAGAGUGAUUUCUAAUGAUGUUGCCUAAAGGAAGCAUAUAUAGAGUAAAUAGGAUUGGUCAGAGCACAGAACCUUGCGGAACUCCAAAACAAACUUUAGUACGUAAGGAUGAUCAUUAUGAACGUCAACAAACUGAAAACGAUCAGAUAAAUAAGAUUUAAACCAGCUUAGUGCAGAACCUUUUAAGCCAAUUAAGUGUUCCAGUCUCUGCAGUAGAAUUUGAUGGUCAAUAGUGUCAAACGCUGCACUAGGAUCUAAUAAAACAAGUACAGAGAUGAGUCCUUUGUCUGAAGCAAUCAGAAGGUCAUUUGUAAUUUUAACUAGAGCUGUCUCAGUGCUAUGAUGCACUCUAAAUCCUGACUGAAAUUCCUCAAAUAAAUUAUUAUCAUGGAGAAAAUCACACGACUGGUCUGCGACUACUUUCUCAAGGAUCUUUGACAUAAAGGGAAGAUUAGAUAUUGGUCUAUAGUUGGCUAACACCUCUGGAUCCAGGGUGGGCUUUUUUCGCGGCAGAUAAUGUGUUAUUUACAGCCUCAUUGUCGGUGCCCUGAUCAUUCCCACUAUAUGGAUGUACGCGGCUCUCGCGGAUCAAAAUAUCUUCCGAAGGAUUCCAAAUGACACCAAACUUAUCUGGGUGAGUAAACAACCAUAUUUAAUGACAGAAAUAAGGUCCAGGUUGUAAAAAACGGAACUUCCCCUUUAAGAUGGGUCCUCCGUUCUUGAAUUACAAAUCCAGCGGAGGAAAAGUCUUUGACUGGAUGAUGGAAUGGAGAAAACAUACCGCACAAUCACUGCCAGGCAGUGUUGGGCAGAAUGUUUUCUAAUGAAAUUUCAGUAAUAAUAUUAUAAUUACUCCAAAACCAGACAACUCGUUACAACGUUACUUUAGUUAUCACAUCACCACUGACUUGAAAUACAACAGUCAUAUCAGCGGACUCAUUUUCGUAAUUGUCAAGCUGCGCACACAGGACAUAAAGCAGCAAGCUAGUUGGAAAUGCUUACCAUAGCCGCUGGAAAUAUUCCCAUUACUUUGAUUUUGUCAGGAGGAGAGAUGACAAAAACACUGUUGCUGCAAUUAAACGGACUAAAACGCUUUUCACUGCAAAAAACAUGCACCCAAACCUCCGGUCUGAAACAACUUGGCUACUACGACCACCAACACAACUACGUUAAGCUCCAGGAAAUACACCCCACCAAAGGUGAGCCCUCCUCGGCCAUGGAGGUCAGCUGAAGCACUACACUGGCUAAACAACCAAUGCUGGAUUUUAGUCUUGGAUAGCUGUAGGCUACUAAGACGUGAUGAAGCUUGAGGCUGGAUAUGUGGAGGAUGAAAUGUUGCUCAAUGAAUGACUCAACAUCUUUCGGGCAGAGCCUUUGGAAAAUACCGGUCACAGGCAACAGAAAACCCCCAGGUAAAAAAGGGGCUAUCUAGCCUGAGCUAUACUUAUUGACCCUGACAUUCCCACAGAGGCACAUAUCUGAAUUUUGGGGAUAUAUGCAAUUACCAGUUUUAUGGUGUGUAACGGAAAAAUAAUAUAGUAGAGUAGUGUAUUGAAUUACUGUUGGCCGAGAGUAAUAAGUAAAGUAAUAUUAUUAUGUUUGAAAAGAGUUAUGAGUAAUAUAUUACAUUUUUAGAGUAACGAGCCUGACACUGCUGUCAGGUUAGGAGACAUUUUAGCAUGCUGUUUCCACCACCAUAAAACCUCAAAAGGAUCCUGCUUGGGUGUUAUAAAUCUGAUGUGGGCUGCAAAGUUUCAUUGCUGGAGUCCUCACAUUGAUGAUGAAGCAAUUGUGGCUAAUAGUGAUUUAGAUAUCAAAAUAUUACACAUAUACUGCACAUCUUUUUCAUUUGUUUUGCUCUAAAAAAUAUAUAAAUAUAUUUAUGUUCUCACCUGCUGCCUGCCCACAUGUAGUUCAUUUUUACCCCUGCUCGUACCCGUGAAUUUAUUUAUAUACAUAUUUUUAACAGUUACACAACUUUUUGCGGGUUACCCCUUGGCACCCUUGGGUACCUGACCUGGUGCAGGAUUCUGGAAGAGACCACUGCAGAUAGUUCAGCUCCUGAACAAUGAACACUGAAUUCUUAUCAGGAGAAGUUUCAACUAGCUGAAAUCUGCAGUCCUCACUGCUAGACACUACUUAAUCUCCCUAAAUCUUACAUACCAUUCCUUUAAUUUAACAUAUGUACUGCGUAAGACCAAACACAUCAUUUACAGUUGUGCCACCUUUCUUUCAUUACUUGCUUGCAGGACAAGCACUGUAAAUUCUUAAAUAAUAUAUAAUAUAAUAAUAUAUAAAUAAAUAAAUAUAUAUCCCUCAAUACUUUGCUUAAAAAGCUGAAACUGCAGAUAAUUCUUUAUUUCCACCUCAAACACACUUCUCAUUUGUUCUUUGUCAUGUGCUUUUUGCUACACUCCUGCCAUACUUAGAAAUUGUGGGGAAUAUGUGGGGAUCUCUGUAACUUUCAGGCUGUCUUUGCCCUGAGCUGAGGCUCACAGGCUCAGGUAUGGCUCUCAGUGGUUGAAAAUGUCUGGAAACUAGAUCCCAGCCGGCUGCCAGCCAGAGAUUCUCCUGCUGGGAGCGGUGAUUUUAGAUGGUUGGCACUGUAUCUGUCCUGCUGCAGCUGAGUGACUUUGUGCCAGAGACAGACAUGGUUCUGUGACAUCUAUAGUGCAAUGUCACAUAGUGUAGAGCCAGUAUUUACCAAAAUACAAACAACUAUACACUGCCUUAUUUAAUUGAAUAUUUCUACUGUCUGUGCCUCUCCUCUUGUCUGUGCACCAUGUGUAGGUCAGCAUGUGUAUGGAGCUAUAUUGGGUUUUGAUCUUGAAUUUUGAAAAAUACAUCAAUGUAUUCAAAAUAAAUGUACAAAAAGUUUUUUCAGGUUAAAUUUAAUUAUGAUUCACUCUGGUAAUACUUUUGAUUAAAUUAUUUAUUUUCAUUUUUCACUUUCAUAUAUUUAGAUAUCUUUUCAGAUUCAGAUCUUUCAGUUCAGUUCAAAUCAGUUUCAAAUCUUUUUUUCACUUUCACACUUUCAGAUCAGGUACAGCUUUACAUUGCUGCACUGUCUGUUAAAUUCUGUCAGUAUUUUUUAGCUAGCCUCAAGCAUUAUAGUUCUCCAGGCUACAGCAGUAGCAAUUUUGCCAAGCUGGCAGUCCCUUUUGUGUCUGAUCUCUAAUGGAAAGUUGUGGAAAAGGUAGAUAAGCCUAUGUCUGCUUGUUGUUAAUGCAGCUUGGAAUGCACUAUGUAUUCGAUCAUUGCACCAUGCCAUCAUUUUUGGGCCACCAAUUUUUUAUGCCUCUGCACCGGCACCAGCUGUGGCCAGAGGCAUUAUGUUUUCACAGUGUCUAUCUAUAUGUACGCAUGUGUGAAUGCGUUGAGGGAUUUUUUCAAAUUUGGCACAAAUAUCCACUUGGACUUAAGGAAGAACUUAUUAGAUUUUGGUGGUCAUAGGUCAAAAGUCGAGGUUAUUGUGACCCCACAAAACAUAAGACUUAAGAAACUUAAGAAUUCACACACUAUAUGACAAAAUUUCACUCAAUUGUUUAAUAUGAUAAAAUUAUGAAGUGAUGACAUUUUAUAUCCAAAAGGUCAAAGGUCAGCUUCACUGUGUCAUCAUAAUGUUCUGCAUAAAACACUUUUCUGGCCAUUACCCCGGAAUAUCUCAGGAACAGAAGGGGAGACAUGCGGUCAGAUACUGAAUUGUUGACACUAAUCAUAAAACUGUGCUGAUUGUCUGGAUCUUCUGUGCUGUUGGGGGAAAGAUGUGUGUGAAGCAUCCAUGUUUUCACAGACAUGGCUGUAAACUAUAAAAGAAACUUGACUGGUUCGCAGAGGCAUACAACUCUGAGGUGGUAAUUCUUGUUAAAUUCUUCUGCACUGGUACAUAGCAUUCCUUAUUUCUGUUACUGUCAUGAUACAACAUACAUUAGCCUCGAAACCAGGCUCUUCACAUAAAGUGAAGAGCCUGGUUUCUAUUCACUCUGAAUUUUGUCUGGAUUCUGGUUCCGGUCUAGAGAGCAGAUGCCGAAUUCACCAAAUUCACCAAAGUAAAACUUUAAAUUCUGGCGCACCAUCGAUUUGGGGUGAUGAGGGGUGUAAGAAAAUCGAUUAACUUAAUAGCUUGGGGCUUUUCUUGUAAAUUAUAUUCUUUAAAUUAAAGUUUCACCGCAUGUUUAUUAGCUUGGUGCUUUUAUUUUGACGGAAAGGCGCAUCCAUCGAAUUCCGGAUCCUGUCUCACUCGCCCUGGUUCCGGUUCCUUACCAAAACGGCCAAUAACGGCCCCAGACUAACAUACAUAGGGGAUGGUCCUUUUUUAUUUACUGUAAAAAUAAUGCACAAUAAAAUGCUUUAUGUCCACUUACUACCAGUCCAUGGCGUUACUGGACACUGCAUUUCUGUGUUCUACUAAUACUCCAAACCCCCCAGAAGUUUGUUAUAUUUAGAGGCGUGGACCCAGGAAUACUGAGGAAAUACAACACUUGGACUUCCUGGCACUAGCAUGAGACAGAUCACCUCACACAUUUACAGAUCAUGACAGGGGUGCAGGAGCAGUCUUGAAGCAAAAUACUUCAGUGUUUUGCUCAUUAAUUAAAGGCCAUUUACAAUGAGUUUAUGAGUACAUGUUUUCUGAAUCUUAGAUACAUGUACAAAUAUGUAGAAAUGUGUUUACCUAUUCACAAUUCUGAGUUGUCAUUUUAGGGUUGUGGACACAUUCACAAAUUUGAACAUGUACAAAAAGAGGAGCAGUUUCACAACUCUACUCACACAUUAGCAAAUUAUUUUGCUAUGUAUUCGGCUCUACACAAACGUCCACAGCAGAUGUUAUGACUACAUGCUGGCAGUGUCACAGCAGCGACACAGAGGCAUGUAGAGAGUGGGCAUGGUGUAGCACAGUGCCUAUAGCUAUUGUGAUGUGUAUAGCGCAUGUGCACUUUAUCAUGUAAUAGAUGAUUGAAAAAUGUCUCAUUAUUGCAAGUGUUGCUUCAUUUGCUCUUUUUUUAAUACAUUGCAUUAUCAAGGUAUAAACUGUAGCUUUGAAUUCUAGAUAUAUGGUUUGCCUGCCACUGUAGUUUGGUAUUUUUUCAUAUUUCAAACAUAUUUCUUGAGAAAUGUUUCCAACUUUUUUGAAUUUGAUUUGCUAUGACUGCUUGCUUACAUUACAUCAUGAUUGUACUGUGAGUGAUGUUCUCUUGCUUAAUGACGUGGAGAGGAGGAGGAACAUGUGAGUUUCCAUGCAUACUCUGAAUAAAUAUUGUAUUUCUUUAGCAUCUUUA